AUGGCCGCCGAGGCAACCGCCCCCGUCACUGCGCAACCGGCUCCCGCUCCCGCCCCGGCGGUGGCCGCGCAGCAACCGUCGCAGAACAAGUCUCCCAUCGACCAGGCCGACCUGGACGACUGGAAGAAUCGCUUCAACGACGUCAUGUCCCGCUCGGGCGAGGUCAUCCACUCCAAGUCGCGGGAAGGCGCGCAGUCUUGGUUCGCCGGCUUCUUCGACUGCUUCGACCCCAUCGAUACCUGCUUGGUUGCGUACUGCUUUCCGUGCGUGACGUUUGGCAAGACGCACCACCGCGUCGUCAAGAACGGGAACCUCGACGGAUACGAGCCCAUCAACACGUCUUGCCUUUUGUUCUGCGGCGCCGGCUGCUUUGGCCUUCACUGGGUCCCUCUGGCCAUGCAGCGCAUGAACAUUCGCGAAAAGUACCACCUGCAGGGAUCCUGCGUCGAGGAUCUCGUCCUCUCGUGCUGCUGCCAUUGCUGCACCAUAAUCCAGUCGGACAAGGAGGCUGCGCACCGCGAGGCUCUGCUCCAGGGCGGCGCUGUCCAGCAACAGUACCAGCCCAACACGAAUCAGAUGCAGUACCCUGAAACCAAGACGGGAUAA